AUGGGGCGUGCAAUGGUGACGGUGCUGCUGGGCCACCCGGUGGCGGUUCUGUCGGAGAGGCUGAUGCUGCGACUCACGAGGUUGUUGGUGAACGUGACGAUGGAGUGGAGUCUGUGUCCGGUGCACGUCGUGCUGGGAGCCGAUGCCACCGUGGCUGACCUCGCUCGCGCCGCUGUCGCCGCCUACAUCGCCGAGGGACGCAGGCCGCCGCUCCCCGACGACACCAACAACGUUGACGUGGCCGCACGGUUCAAGCUGCAUCUCUCCAAGUAUCCCCUCGACGCGCUGAACCCUGACGAGAAGGUGUUGGAUCCGAAGUGA